UGUUCCAGCUCCCAUCAGCUGUCCAGCAUCAUAAAACUUGGCUGUGAUCAUACAGUUACGUAAGACGGCCUCUGGAUUGUUGGGAUGGAUUCUAAACACCUGCCCACACACACACACACAGCCAGACAGGGCACCAGCACCAUGAAGUACAUUGGAGGUGUGGACAAUGACAUGGAGUUUCCACGAUUCACCUUUAACCCUAAGGAGGGCAUAGACAACCCAGCGCUGGUCAUAUCUGAUGAUCCAGAGCCGGACCGGACCCCGGUGCCUCGGUUAUGCCAGCUGAGCCGUCAGGAGGGCCAGAGUUUUGGCUUCUGCCUGAGGGUGGAGAGGGACCGGAGGGGGUAUGUAGUCCGGCAGGUGGGGCCCUGGAGCCCCGCAGGGAUGAGUGGCCUCAGGGAUGGAGACAGACUACUUGAGGUCAACGAGGAGUUUGUAGAAAACAUGGAGUUCUUCAAGGUGAUUCAGAAGGUCGAGUUUUGCGGUUUGCAGCUGGUCCUGCUUGUUCUGAAGGAAGAGGAGUACGAAGAGGCUGUGUCCAGGGGGCUGGACCUGCAGGCUCUGGCCAGGGAGCACCGAGGGGGGGGUUGUUCCAGACCCAGACUCUGCCACGUCACCAGAGACCCUGUCCUGGGCCUGGGCAUCAGCCUCAUCCCUAUAGAAGGCCAGAGAGGCAGGUAUAUGCUGAGCCCAACGAACGAUGGACCGUCGGAGAGGGCGGGUGUCCGCAGCGGAGACAGGCUGGUGUGGAUCAACGGCGCCAUGGUGUCCACCCUCACACACUCCGCCCUCAACAGAAUGGUGAAGAGAGGCAGUGACUCUGUGACCUUGCUGGUGAUCGAUGCUGAGAGUGAGUCCAGCUACGCCAGACGGAAGCUGGCCGUCCAGCCCUGUCUGGCGGAGGCCCACCACCUGCCUCACAGGCCCAGGACCAUCUACCUGACCAUGGGGGCCGACGGCUACGGCUUCCUGCUGCGCCAGGAGAGGCUGCCUUCAGGACGCAUCGUCCAUUUCCUGCGUGAGGUGGAUGCAGGGAGCCCGGCAGAAGAGGCAGGAAUGCAGGACGGCGAGCUGCUGCUGGCGGUCAACGGAACACCAUCAGAGUGCCUGGAGCACGAGGACAUCGUCCGCAGGGUCAGGAAGAGUAGCCCGAGGGUCAGCCUCACCUCCAUAUCACUGAAGGGUCGACAGUUCUACACUCAGCUGGGCAUUCCUCCCCUGCUGUUCCACGAGGACCAGGUCUCUCCUGGGAAGCAGGGGCUUCAGAGGUCGGCAUCCCGCUGCUCUCAGCUACUCAAGGGGCAUUGUGCACCGGCCCACAAUGCAUCUCUGCCCUGCCCCAGACUCUGCGUCCUACAGAGAGAAGAGUCAGGGUUCGGCUUCCACCUGGGCUGUGCCCAGCAUGAGCCAGGCACCUUCAUUAGCCAGGUGGAACCAGGGAGCUCCGGACAGCGUGCUGGGCUGUGGGAAGGGGACAUGCUGGUGGAGGUAAAUGGACAGAACGUGGAGGAAGAGUAUUUCAAGGAGGUGGUGCUGAUGAUAAAGCACAGUGACUCAUCUCUCCGGAUGCUGGUGGUGGAGAGGUCAGGGUACGAGCAGCUCAAGAGGACUGGUCUGCCUAUCACAGCUGGCCUCAUCAUUCACAGUGCUCAGGUAAAAGAGAAUUCUGAGAAAAUCACCAUUGCUUCCUUAUGAUUGGAUGUUAAGAAGCAACUUCUCCUUAAUUAUCAUCGUCACGGUGAACACCCUAGCAUCUCAUUGGACCAAAUAUAUCAAGAUAUCAAGGCAGCAGCCAAUUUCACACUGAAGACUUACAUUAUAACUUACAGGAAGGGUGAACUUGAUCCAUGUACGCCAACCUCUCUGUACAACUUCACUGGAGAGAGACUGUGUGGUAAAAACACUUUGUGGCUGUAGUGUCUGACACUGUUUUCCUGUCCAUCCCUCCUCCUCUUCUCUUCAUCUAUUAUUCUUCAAGCUGUUGGAAACUGCCUACUGUGUGCUGCUAAAGAAUAGUUUAGACUUAAUUUGACCCAAGCUGUUUGUACAUUGUUUAUAAUUAUUUGUGUCUCAGGAGUCUGGGAUGUGGUAAAAUGAGUGAGCACGGACAUGGUUUUAAGGAUCUAUGAUAAUUGUAGCCUAUCUUCGCACUGAUUUACCAAGGUCAUUCAAGGUUAUGGAUAUGCAUGGUUUCAAAAGCCAUGCAACUGAAUAAAAAUGUGCCCUAUAAUGUGAUUUUAAAGGGAAAUAUCUAAUUUUGUGUGGUAUGAUUUUGUAUACGUUAUUUGUGUCAUCUUUCUAAAUUAUAUUCUACCAUGGUUGUAUUAAAAAGACAU